CCGGAGCCGCCCCCAGCGCCACGUCCGACUCGGCACAGAACUGAGUGGGCUAGAGGCCUAGAACCCCCUGCCGCAAGUGGUGGUGCUGCCGCUGCGGUGCUCGCACGGGUCCAAGUCUAAGCUUAGACCAACAAAAUGGACGAAGAAGACGACCAGUCCUCCAUCGUCGAGAGUUUGAGAGGCGGCCGCCCGGCGCCCCUCGCGCGCCCGCUCCUCGACGACGCCGCAGAUGAGCAUUCAGACUCAGUAGAGGUACUGUUUGCCGAAACAGCAAGAGCCCAGCGCCGCGCGACGGACCUGGAGUCCGCGUCGCCGCACUUCGCUUGUGUAAUAGGCGCGUUCUCCCAUAGAGCGACGGCCGCCAUGCUCGCGCCGCUCUGGUUCGCGACGCUCGUGGGGCCCUACUUCACGGGCCCGUCGCUGUUUAUUGGCGACGGCGGCUGGCUCGGUGGUUUGGCUUUAACAGCAGCUAUCAUAUCGGUCCCGCUGCAGUACUGGAUUAGACAUUUAGCGAACAACUGGCCGUCGUCGUACGACGCGUGUCUGCGGGCCCGCGUCCCUGAAGACGAGGAGGGCGAAGGCACGUCGGCCUCCCUGGAAGUCGCGACGAAGUCUGCAAAGCCGCCCGGUUCGACGAUGCUGCGCCUCGCGGCGGUGCUCGCGCCGCUUUUAUCAGUUCUAGGAUUUGCGCUCGCCAUCGCAUUUUAUGUUGAUGACGUCGAGGGCGCCGCGUGCCUGCGGGUGCGGACUGACCAGGGCGUCGAGUACGUCGACCGGACCCCCUACUACCCGUGGGACUGCGCCUGGGAAAGCGCGGCGUCGCUCUGCGCGCGGCUGGCCGGCGCCGUCUGCGCGCCUUUGUCAAUUCUACCGCCGGCGGCGUUCGCGGCGCACGCUCUGGCAUUGCGGGCGGCGCUGCGGCGCGGCGGAGGUGAGGAGGAGGCGGCGCCGAAGGCCUUGGUCGACGACGCGAACGACCUCUGGCGGCCCGCCUCAGCUGUGUGGUUCCUGGCAUGUUCAGUAUUUAUGGUGCUCGGCGCGCGCGACGCGUGUCGUGGGCCGUCGGCGCGCGGCUGGCUCGCGCGGCACGAUCGAGGCGCCGCGGCGGCUGUCUUUGUUUUCGCGGGAGCCGCCGCCGCAGCCCCGGCGCUCCUGGUCGUCCGGGCGAACGCGGCGCGGCGGGAAGACGACGCGCCGGCGUUCGUGUCGCCGCUGCUCGCGUCGCCGGCGCGCGCGCUCGUCGUGUGCGCGGGCGUCGUGGGCUGCGGGGUGGUUGCCGCACGUAUAAGUUCGUAG